AUGGAUAAUUCUUCUACAUUGAUCGAUGAAAAUACACCGUUGGUUCAAAACAAACAAGAAAGACAAGAAUCAUUUAGAGAUCUAAAGGGACAUGUCAAGGCACUAUUAGCUGCUUUUUAUAUGGCAAUGAUUGCUGGUCUUAACGAUGGUACCUUGGGCAGCAUUAUUCCAAGAGUCAAGCAAUACUAUGAUAUUCCAAAUGAAACGAUUUCAUUACUGUUCUUGUGUAGUGCCACAGGCUUCUUUAUAAGUGCAGGAUUUAAUGGUUUUAUUGUUCAUCAUAUCGGACAGCUCAAAGCGAUCUAUCUUGGUGGAACUGUACAGCUGGCAGCCUAUUUUGUACUCAUGAUGGGCCUUCCUUUCCCCAUCAUGGCCUCUGCUAUGGUAUGCUCUGGUAUGGGUAUGGCUCUGAUGGACGCUGCAAUGAACGUAUUUACAGCUAAUUUACCUCUUGCUACUCUUAUGCUCAAUAUCUUGCACGCCCUGUAUGGUGUUGGCGCAAUGAUCAGCCCUUUAGUAGCCACUUAUUUAUUAGAGCAUGAUAUCUCAUGGAAAGGCAUGUAUAUAUUCUUGGCUGUUUGUUCCAUCAUCAACCUCAUCACUAUUACCAUCGGAUUUAUGGGAGUCAAAUUAGACGAAGAGCACGACGAAGAUAAUACAGAUAACCAACAAAGCCGUAAAGCAUUAACAAAAGCAGCUAUUUUACAUCCAAUGACCAUCAUUGGCGCGCUAUAUAUUCUGAUCUAUGUCGGCGAUGAAGUUGUCGUAGGAGGAUGGGGCUAUACCUAUCUAACCGAAGGACGUCAUGGUGAUCCAAUCGCGAUGGGUAGAGUCAUCAGCGCAUACUGGGCUGGUCUAGCAAGUGGAAGGAUCUUGUUAGGUUACCUGGCUGGUAAAUUUGGAGAGAAAUUGAUGAUCACAGUGUUCACCAUGAUGAUCAUUGGUUGCUUGACCGUGAUGUGUAUUUCAGCUGAUGUGGUUCUGAAUUCAUCUGUUAUUAUAUCCAUUGGCUUACUGUUAGGGCCCAUGUUCCCUACAACUAUCUCAUUAGCAUCUAAAGUACUUCCAAGAAGCUAUCAUACUACAGCCAUUGGAUUCAUUUCUGCUUUGGGUGCAGGUGGUGCUGCAUUAUUCCCUUUCAUCACUGGUAUGAUAUCCGGUAGAUUUGGUAUACUAUCUAUGCCCUAUGCUUGUAUCAUCAUGACACUCGGUAUGCUCGUUUUAUGGGCAAUGAUUCCCUCUGAUAAACCCUUUUUUGGUUAUUUUCAAAAAAACAAGUAA